UCAGAAAAACACAAAAUACAAAACAUUAUUUUUCAGAUAACAGACUUAAAAAUCGACAACAAUCCCUUUGCCAAGGGUUUUAGAGACAGCGGAGCUGGUAAACGAGAAAAGAAGCGUUUAGCUAUACACAGAACAAACUCCUCUAGCAAUUCAGCUUUACAAAUUGCCAGGAUUUUAAGUGGAAAUAAUACAAGCAAUUUAAAUUCUGAAGACGACAGUGAUGACGAUUUUGAAGAUAAUUUAGGGCCUACAAAAGCUAAAAGAGCAAAAAGUAAUUCUUCUAUAUCUUCUAAUUGUUCUAAUAAUGAAGGGGGAGGAGGAAUUAUUGAAAAUGGAAGAAAAAGAAUAUUUAAUUUAAAUAAUAAUAGAGAGAGGAUGACAACAACAACUACAACAACUUCUAUUGGAAGAGGAGGAGGAAUAAUGCAUUCAUUGCCAGGAUUUCGACCUCAUUUACAAAUACCAACAAACAGUAACAGACCCCCGCCACAACUACCUCCUCCACCUUUACAUCAUUUUCCUCUACCUCCCCAACAACAAUUAAUUUCUCCUUCUUUAAUUCAACAUUUAUUAACCCCCUCAACAUCUUCUCUUUCUUCUUUAUUUCCAAAUCCUUAUCCACAACAUUUAACAAAUUUUCAAAAUUUUAAUAAUAACCAACAAUUGCCCCCUCCACUCAUUGUAGCUUUACAACAUAAAAUGGCAUAUGCAAAACAACAACAACAAUAUUUAAAUAAUCAACAACAACAACAAAAUUGUUUAAAAAGAAUACAACAACAACAAACAUUAAUACAAAAUGGGGAACAACAAAAACAUUUGGAAGAACAAAAACAUUUAGAAAAACAUCAACAAGAACAACAUCAAAAACAACAAAACAUUUUAGAAAAACAUCAAGAGCAACAACAAAACAUAGAACAAAACAUAGGCCAACAAAACAUUUUAAUAGAAGAAAAACAUCCAGAACAACAAUGUUUGGAACAACCAAAACAACAAAACAACAUUUUAAAAGAAAACACAACAACAAAAACAUCCUCCUCUCCUUUACAUAAACAACAACAAGAAACAUUAUCUUCCCCUUUUGUUUCUAAAAGAUUCCAAUUUGAUGUAAACUCGUUGUUAGAGAAAAGUUGA